UAUAAUAAAAAUAGUACGCUCCACAUCACAUCUUACAUAAAGCUUACAUGUCCAGAAUUGGAAUAAAAAAAAUCUAAACAACUCCCGAUUAACAACUACAGAGAAUUGUACGAAUCGCAUAUAUCUGUCCCAACUAAAAUGUAAAACCGGCCGUAGUCCUCUCGACCGCCUCCUUGGUCCGCUAAUGAGAUGAGCGGCGAACUCCCACGCAUCCAACCUCUGCUCAACCUCAUAUCCGGCGAAAAGAAUCCCACCAACGCCCUAUCUCACCUCGAAACUCUAUCUUCGUCGCACCCUACUUACUCACCGCCACCUUCCCUCCUUUUCCUCCUCCUUCGCCGCGUUUCAUCCACCAGCCCAACUCUCCUACCUCGUCUCCUCCGCCUUUUUUCAUCCCUUCCGCGUCGCCACCGCUUCUCCGAAGACGCCGCCCUCGUAGCCCUCAAAGCCUUCUCCCGCGCUCAAAUGCCCGAAGAGGCCCUCCGCGCCUUCAAAUCUCUCUCCUUCAUCUUCGGCUGCCGCCCAGGCGUCCGCUCUCACAACGCUCUCCUCGACGCCUUCGUCCGUUCUCAAAACUGGGACAAAGUCGAGACUUUUUUCCAUUUUUUCUAUCACCAAGCCCGUGUCUCCCCUAACAUUGAGACCUACAAUGUCCUCCUUAGAGGCCUUUGCGCUCGUGGGCAGAUUGAUAGAGCUCUGCGGCUUAGGGAAACUAUCCGUUCAGAUACCGGGCUAGAGCCCAAUCGGGUUACUUACAGCACAUUGAUGUCUGGUUUGCUCCAAACUGGGAACUUGGAUGGUGCACUCAGUCUGUUCGAUGAAAUGCGUGACAAGAAGGUGGAGCCUGACGUGGUUUGCUACAAUGUUCUGAUUGAUGGGUUUUUGAAGAAUGGAGAUUUUGUGAAAGGGAUGGAGAUGUGGGAGAAGCUGCUGAGGGAUAGCUUGGUUACCCCCAAUGUAGCCACUUACAAUGCUAUGUUGAAUGGCUUGUGCAAGCUCCGCAAGUUUGAUGAGGUUACGGUCAUGUUGAAUCGAAUGGUGAGCAAUGGCCACCGGCUGGAUUCCUUCACUUACGCUAUUUUGAUCCAUGGGAUGUGCGAGAUGGGGAAUGUGGACGGAGCUUCACAGGUUUAUGCGGAAAUGAUCAAAACUGGGUUUCAUCUUGAUGUGGUUACCUCCAAUUCUCUUCUAAAUGGUUUCUGCAAAGCUGGCAGGAUUGAUGAAUCUUUAAGCCUGUGGGCUUCGAUGUUAAGAGCAAAGAAUAUUGAUUUUGUGAGCUAUAACAUUUUUAUCAAAGCCAUGUUUGAGAACGGUGAGGUGCAAAAAGCAAUUUUGGUUUGGGACCAUUUGAAAUUAAGCCGUGAAUUUCAGCCAGAUCAAGUAACUUAUGGCAUUGUAAUUCAUGGCUUAUGUCAAAGUGGAUAUAUUGGCAAGGCUCUGCAGGCUCUGAAUGAGGCAGAAGAGAAGGGCGAGAACAAAUUAAAUGUUUUUGCAUAUUCCUCGAUGAUUAAUGGCUUAUGCAAGGAUGCUAGAUUAGAUGAAGCAGUUAGUAUUUUUGAUCGGAUGGUUAUACAAGGCUGUAGUCCUAAUUCUUAUAUUUAUAAUGCGCUGAUUAAUGGCUUCUGCCAAGCAUCUCAGAUGAAACAUGCUAUUCGGAUCUUCAAUGAGAUGAACAGCAUUGGUUGCUCCCCCACUGUGGUCACAUACAACACACUGAUAGCUGGAUUUUGUAAGGUGGAAAGGUUCCAAGAAGCUUCGAGUUUUGCCAAGGAAAUGGUGGAGAAAGGAUUCAAGCCUGACAUGAUAACUUACAGUGCAUUAAUAGAUGGUCUCUGCCGGGAUAAAAAGAUGGACCUUGCGCUUGAAAUUUGGAGCCAAGUUCUUUCUUUGGGAUUUGAAGCUGAUGUUGUCCUGCACAACGUUCUCAUUCACGGCCUAUGCAACGUAGGAAAGGUGGAAGAAGCCUUACAUAUUUGUUCCGAGAUGAAACAUAAGAACUGCUCUCCAAAUCUUGUGACAUUAAACACUAUAAUGGAUGGGCUUUAUGAAGCUGGUAACAGCAAAAAGGCAAUUGAUUUGUGGAAUGAGAUAUUUGAAGCUGGAUUGCAGCCAGAUAUCAUAUCUUACAAUAUAGUGUUUAAAGGUCUUUGUUUGCAUAAUCAGACCAUGGAAGCACUUAAGUUUUUGGAUGAAGCCGUUUACUGUGGUAUUGUACCAACUUGCAUUACUUGGAACAUACUAGUUAGAGCAGUAGUGAGCUGUGGAGUUGUCUAAAUUAAGGUUCAUCGAUGUUUCCUGUCAAGGUUUAAAAAAAAAAAUCUUCUUUUGGGCCUUUUAAGUAUCUGCCACUUUCAUGGGUUUUGGAUUCUAAUUAUUUGAUUGUGUCCCAUGCUUGCUGCGACGUUUAUAAGAAGGUUGGAAACGCACAGCAGAUUGACCAUUCUAUAUCUGAAGUUGACAAACUCUGCUCAUAGAUGAACUGGGCAAGCAAACCAAACAGUAUCAACAGCAAUGCUCCAACUUUCCGCCAGUCGACCUCUGG